GAAUUCUCGCCGUGUGGCCCCGAAUUCACGGUCCCGGCCCUGUGGGUCCUCUCGAACACCGAGAUUCGCCGAACCAACUCCCUCGCCCUUAAACAUUUACUCGCCUCGCGUCCUCGCGUCUUAGGGUAGAAGCGUCUAAAUUAAGCUUUUACUGGCUCCCAGCUUGGGCACUGUCAAUAAUCUACGAACCUAUCCCAUCGUUCGUAGCUAUGGGGACUUACCCGAACAGGAAACCAAAGUGGUUCCGCCAUCGGCUCCUGUCCAGUACCUUCUCGAUUUCUCAAAAAUCCAUUUCCAUGAUCUCGUGCUAGCCAAUAGCGCCCCUUACCAGGUUAACCUGUCAACCAGAGGCAAAUAGCCUAGAGCUUCAAGGGUCACUUUUCCUUCACUUAUAUAAGGGAUGGAUCCCGCCCCCUUACAACUCUUUAUGAGGUUUUAUUCUCCCUAGUAUAUCACUUCCUGAGUGACGUUUCACUUAAACAUCCCUCAAGGUAUUAAUAAAUAAUAAUAUUAAAAAAAAAUCAAAAUGGAUUCACGAGAUUCAUCCACCACAGAGGUGGAACGGCCUUCCACCCAGGCGAGCAACCACCCAGACCGCCAAGACCACCAGAUCAAGUACGGGCCAGUCAACCCUCCCGGCUUGGCUCGUCAUCCUACGAAUCCGUUAUCCCGUAAUGCCACCAAGGAGACGAUUCGAGAUCCUAACCUAGAUGUGAACUUACCGUACCGAACUCUCUCCAACGAAGCCAACCUUGAAGAAUACAUCACAGAAACACCAUCAGGACAAAUACCCGGACCAGUAGAACCUGAUGGCGAACACCGAUACAAACUUGUCACCUUCGUCCCGGGCGACCCUGAAAAUCCUAAGAACUGGUCUAAGGCGUAUAAGUGGUACUGCACUAUGGUCGUGGCCGUAACCUGUUUCGUUGUGGCUUUUUCAUCUAGUGUUGUCACAGCCGAUAUUGUUGGUGUGGCCGAUGAAUUUGGUGUUAGUGAAGAGGUCGCAUUACUCAGUAUCACCUUAUUCGUCGUCGGUUUUGGUAUUGGCCCAAUGAUAUUCGCUCCGCUAUCAGAAGUUUACGGAAGACGAAUCAUCUACGGCACGACGCUUUUGGUCGCCGUAGUCUUCAUCAUCCCUGGUGCCGUCGCGAAGAAUAUUGCUACUCUCUUAGUCGCUCGAGCCAUUGACGGAAUCGCCUUCUCUGCGCCAAUGACACUUGUCGGCGGUACCUUGGCUGACUUGUGGAGAUCCGAGGAGAGAGGUAUUCCUAUGGCUGCUUUCUCCGCUGCCCCUUUUAUCGGUCCUGCUGUCGGUCCCCUCGUUGGCGGUUUCUUAUCUGACGCCUGUGGCUGGCGAUGGCUGUACUGGAUCCACCUGAUUCUCGCUUUCGUCGUCUGGGUCUUGAUCACCUUCACCGUGCCCGAGACCUACGCGCCUACGAUCUUGGCUAGACGAGCCAAGAAGCUGCGUGAAGAGACCGGCGAAAAAGACUACGUUACAGAAGAGGAUAUCGACAAGCGACCUUUCGCCGAACGACUGGGAAUUUUCUUAGUCCGACCCUUCCAACUUCUCUUCGGCGAACUGAUCGUCUUUUUGAUCAGUCUGUACAUGUCUGUCUUGUACGGUCUGCUGUACAUGUUUUUCGUUGCCUUCCCUAUCAUCUUCCAAGAAGGCAAAAGCUACUCUGCCGGUAUUACGGGUCUCAUGUUCAUUCCCCUAGCCGUCGGCGUCAUCGCCUCCGCCAUCUGCGCGCCGCUCGUAAACACGCACUACCGGAAGCUGAUCUCCAAGCACAACGGCCUCCCCCCACCCGAGCUCCGCCUGAUCCCGAUGAUGUGCUCGUGCUGGUUCAUCCCGAUCGGCCUGUUCAUCUUCGCGUGGACGUCGUACCCGCGGCUGAUCUGGGUGGGGCCCGCGCUCGGCGGCUUCCCCAUCGGCUUCGGCUUCAUCUUCCUGUACAACUCGGCCAACAACUACCUCGUCGACGCGUACCAGCACCAGGCGGCCUCGGCCCUCGCCGCCAAGACCUGCAUCCGGUCCUUCUGGGGCGCCGCCGUCGUGCUUUUUACGACGCAGAUGUACGCCCGCCUCGGCUAUCAGUGGGCCAGCACCCUGCUCGCCUUUAUUAGUCUCGCCUGCUGCGGCAUCCCUUUCCUGUUCUGGACUUACGGCGAGAAGAUCCGCCAGCGUAGUAAAUAUGCGUAUGCCGGCGAGGACGACGAGAAGAUCGCGGGGAUGGGAGAUGGCCCGCUCUCGCGCGAGGACGAUUCGGAGGAUCAGGAUUUGAGGCGUGCGAGGAGUUAUGUUAGUAAUCCUUGAGCGUUUGUCCGGGUCCGAUGGG